UAUCCACCAAUGUGACUGUCCGGCCGCUGAAUGACAAGCUGCGCUGCAGCUGGAUGGCUGUAUGGUAAACAAAUCCGUUAGUGUAUUAAUUUUCCUGCGGUUCUCUUUUCUGCUUUAACGGCUGGAGAACAAAAUCGUUUUUCUUAUGAAGUAUGGCCACAGUCAAAAAGGACGACCGACUGACAAGUUCUCAAAGUUUACUCUGCGUCGGUUUUGCCGGGGUUUUUAGCAAAACUGUAACGUCGCCUCUGGAAGUCGUGAAGGUUUUGAAUCAAAUAGGAACGUUUCACUGUAAACGGGGAUUCUUGCACAGCUUUGUUUUUAUUUGUCAGAAUGAGGGACUUCGAGCUUUUUGGAAGGGUAACAUGGUUUCCUGUCUACGGUUGUUCCCCUACAGUGCCAUACAUUUAGCAACUUACAAAAAUAUUGUCCACCUUCACGUUGAUGAACUGGGUGAUAUCUCACAAUGGAGAGCCAUAGUAGCCGGUGGGCUGGCAGGCAUAUCUGCCGCUCUAGCAACAUAUCCACUGGAGGUGGUUGAAACCAGACUUAUUGCUCAGAAUUGCCAAGAACCAACAUACAGAGGGUUGCUGCAUUCUCUCUCCAUCAUCUACAGAAAUGAAGGACUUCAGGCUCUCUACAGGGGCUUUUCCCUCACAGUGUUAGGUGCUGUUCCCUUCUCCGUUGGCUGCUAUGCGGUGUAUGUCAAUUUGGAUAAGCUGUGGCAGGAGCGUCAUGUUCGCUUUACAUCUUUGCAGAACUUCAUCAAUGGCUGUCUUGCAGCAGGAGUCGCUCAGACACUCUCCUUCCCGUUUGAAACUGUUAAAAAGAAGAUGCAGGCCCAGAGUCCUCUUUUGCCCCAUUGUGGAGGAGUUGAUGUCCAUUUUAAUGGAACGAUAGACUGCUUCAGACAGGUCAUCAAGAACAAGGGCGUCAUGGCUCUUUGGAGUGGCCUUACAGCCAACAUGGUGAAGAUUGUCCCAUAUUUUGGCCUGCUUUUCAGUUGCUUUGAGAUGUGUAAGCAAGUCUGCCUUUACCAGAAUGGCUACAUCAUUUCUCCACUAAGCUACAAGCCUAAACCAGGCGUGGACCAGAGCCUGGGCCCACAUGAACUGCAGGAGUUAAAGCGCUACCUGAGAAACAGUAAAUCACACAAAGCACAGAGUUCAUCCAUUGGAAACCGCUGGUAACUAAUCCAAGAGGAGUUAUCAGUAAUAAACAGAACUCUGAAAAGUGCAUUGAUAAUGAGUAUAAGGUGUUUGUACGGCUUGAAGGCACAAUGUAUUAUUCACAGUUGUACCUCUUAGUGUAUUUAACUUCCGAUAUUAAGGAUUCUGCAUAUGCAUACUUGAAACAAGUCCAUUUCGUACAGUUUACAGUACCUCAAACACAUCAGACUUACACUCCACCGAAAGAGUGUUUUUAUGAACCGUGGAAAUGUAAAACCUCUUUUUAAAUCACUUCUCAGGAAACAUUUUGAACAUCAGCUCAACAGUAUAGAGCAAUGCCUUUGUCAAACAAAGUAUUAGUCUCUUACUGGAUUUUAACUGUUGGGCCUUUUUACAGGUCUUCUGUUAUUUAUAAACCACAUGCUUUUAGAGUCAUAUUGUGGUGCAGUUUUUGCAUUGGCAUAUUUGAUCAUAUAUGACAGUAUGAUUUUGAUUAUGCAUUGUAACGUAAUAUGUAUCAGGGUGAUCUGGACACAUGGUAACCCAGUAACCACUGACUCUGAUUCAGUUGUGAAAAGGACAAGAUUUGUUUACUAAAAGUGUCUGAGUUUUCCAUCGCAAUAUCAAGACAUUUUUAAAAAUGUGCCACGUUAAGAUAAAAUCUUUAAGCACAUUGUAAAAAUUCUGAAGAAUAAGAAAUAAACGUAUCUUAGUCCUACUUGUCAACAGU